GAUCUAGAGUGACUGGAGCGCAGCGGCGGAGGCGCAGCGGAGAAUCACAGCAGCACAAACCCACUGCGCUCAUGGCAUCAAGGAGAAUGGAGACCAAACCAGUUAUAACCUGCCUCAAAACGCUCCUCAUCGUCUAUUCCUUCGUGUUCUGGAUCACGGGGGCGAUCCUGCUGGCAGUGGGAUUAUGGGGGAAGUUCAUUUUGGGUCCAUACAUCUCUCUGAUCGCUGACAACUCCACUAAUGCUCCCUACGUGCUCAUCGGGACCGGGACUACCAUCAUCGUGUUCGGGCUGUUCGGAUGCUUCGCCACAUGCCGUGGGAGUCCAUGGAUGCUCAAAUUGUAUGCCAUGUUCCUGUCUCUGGUUUUCCUGGCAGAGCUGGUCGCUGGCAUCUCGGGCUUUGUUUUCCGUCAUGAGAUCAAAGGCACCUUUCUGAGGACGUACACCGAAGCUGUUCAGAAUUAUGACGCCAAGGAUGAGAGAAGCGUCGCGGUGGACAAAGUCCAGAAGAGUUUGCGUUGUUGUGGUGUUCUGAACUACACCAGCUGGUUCUCCAGUGUUUAUUUCCCUGUGAAUGGAAUUCCUCCAAGCUGCUGCGCUAACAUCUCCGACUGCAACGCCUCAGACCUGCGAAACGCCACCAUAGCGCCCACCAAAGUCUAUCAGCAGGGCUGCUAUGAGCUAGUGACGUCCUUUAUUGAGACUAACAUGGGCAUUAUCGCUGGAGUAACGUUUGGAAUUGCAUUCUCGCAGCUGAUUGGAAUGCUGUUGGCCUGCUGUCUGUCACGAUUCAUCACUGCCAAUCAGUACGAGAUGGUGUAGCGGCGUGGGCACAGGCACCGAAGACAUACGACACCUUGGAAAGGGAAAGCAACCCAAAAAUGCUAGCACACUCCAUUCUUUCUCAUCUGUUUUUAUUCUCUCUCUGCUUUUAUCUUUCAUUCUGUCUUUCCUGUCUUCUUUUUUUCUCCCUUCCGUCAUUCCUUAACCAUGCAGUUGUGCCAUGACCAAAGCCUCUCCUUCCAAUACGUCAGCGUUAGCGAGGAAAAGGAAAUGGUUUUAAGACGCACUUCUGUAUUUUACACUGUACAAAGCCUUGCAUGCAGAAACACACACUACAGCUAGUCAUUAGCGUUUCUGUAACGCCACGUCCUAACCGCUCGCAUAAAAGUCAAUCGAUAUUUCAAUCCCUCUCUAGCUGUGUAUGAAAUAUGUUCAGAUUAGCUGUGGUUUUGUCAAUUUGCACAAGAAUUUUCUAUUUCAGACAGAAAAACGGCCUAAUGCCUGGUUGGGACAUAAACACGACUUAAAUGAUUAGUUAUUUAUCAAAUGUUUGGUUUUUUUUUUUUUUUUUUCUUAACUAUCUUCCAUUUUGUCAGCUUAGUUUCUAUUUGUCAUGUUGCACUUGGUAGCUCCGCCCACAGUGAAAUCUCAUUGGUCCAGAUAGCUGUAUAUUACAUAUCAAUGUUCUGAUUGGCUAUUUCGUGGCUUUGCACAGUAUUUUUACUCAGUGUUGGCAUAAUUACUUUACAUUCAAAACUUUGCACACUUGGUUAGGACAUGGUGUUACUUAACCCCUAAAAAGUGACUUCAAUGCAGAUUUGUUAGUUACUUGCUUUUUCGGGAGGAAAAACUAUUAAAAAAGAAAAAAAAGAAAAACAGAUGACAAGAUGUUUUUGUUGUUGUUGCUGUUGUAAAAUCUUUGGCAUAGGGGUUUAUCUCAGAAAUGGCUUUUUUGUCUUUUAUGAUUUGGAUUUAAUUUUUUGCUCCACCGGGUUGAAAAUGACUCGACAUAAUCAUGUACAGUCAAAAACGUCAAUCUUGUCUUGUUGUGAAAGCCAAAAACAAGCAAUUUUCUGCCACAUACAGCCAUGUACAGAACUGAAAUACGUUUAGACUGAAGUGUGAACAUGUGCCCUUAAAACUAGUGGUUUUACACUGUUAUAAGACAAGCAUUUUUCAGGCAAAUUAAAUGCAAUAUUUCACUAACUAAAGUACUAACUAAACGCUGUUUAUUGGGUUAUUUAAUGGGUAAUUCCACAGUUUAUGGAUUGUAGUUACAGUUUUACACCAUAUCUACCUUGUGACACACUGUAUCUGCUAUUAUUUUAUGGUGUAUUACUGUAAGAAUGUAAUCAUCAUCUCUUUCAGCAUUGUUCUUGCUUUACAGCUCAGAAAAUGUUGUUAUUUUCAAGCGGAUGAAUAUUUGCAUGAGAAAUUUGAACGAUAAUGAGAAUUUUGGUAUGACAAAUAUUUCUAAGGACGCUAUAUUGUUUGAAAAAAAAAAAUGUUAGACCUAAAAAAAACUUUUUAAAAAAGUUACCAUUUGUCAAAAUGCUAUAUAUAUAUAUAUAUAUAGAGCGAACGCAAAGUUUCUCGGGGAACAAAAAACUUUUGCGAGAUUUUUGAUUUUUGCCAUAUUUGUUCCACCACCAUGUCCUUUUCGGGAUUCCGUACAACCAGAUCACAGACAAAAAAAAAGUCACGGUAGAGUGAUUAUGCUGGCAGGAGAACAGCUCUAAAAAAACAGAUGUCUAGUUAAAACGCUGGAGAAAUUUGAUUUACAGCUCUAUAAAUGGAAUAAACGCAGAUUUUCUGGAGGUCUGAGUCAGAGGAAUCCUAGAAUCAUCACUCAAGUUCUUCAACUCAGUUGUUCUCAACAUGAGCCAAGCUUUAGUGACCUCUGUUGUUUAUUUAUUGUUUAUUUAUUUAUUUGUGGUAGAAAUCACUGCAGUCUUUUGGCUUUCUUUAAUUUUGAAUUGUUCUGUGAAGUACUGUUAACGAAUUCCAUAUUUACGUGUGUCAAUGUGCAUCUCUUUUUUUUAAAUUUGAUUUUGUGUUGCUGUUUUGCAUGGUUUUCUCAUUUUAUUAUCAUUAUCAUUUUAUUUUCUCUAAUUUUAUUAUCACACAGACUUAUAGCUAUUAUAUUAAUACGUUAACAAUCAUUUCUGCAGCUGCCCCUUGUGUUGAUGGGUCAUUAAGUAUUAGAGUCCAGAAUUCAUAGUCUGAAAACACGUGAUGAACUCCACAUCUCCAGAUAGACGAGUGGAGUAAUAAUAUACUUUGUAUAAUAAAAAUACAACUUUUUAAAAUGCACCACCAGCUAGCAUGCCAACAAUAUGUACGUUGAUAUUGUAAACAACCGUGAUCUCUAUGAAUAAAAUGGUUCUUCGUCGUUA